UAACGCCUGUCGUCGGACAGACAGAUUCAGUGGGAGUUAGCUGUGUAAUGGCGGCCUCGGUGUUGCUGUCUGCGGAGAACACCGUACCCACUUUUGCGGUCGGCAAUCCCGGAGCGGCAGGGGCCUCCGGUAAUGGAGUAGGGGCAGCUUGCCCCGCAUCUUGGAAUCGUUCGCUGGACCGGGCGUUAGACGAAGCAUCGGCUACUGGUUGCCUGAAUCUCAGUGGCAGGAAACUGAAGGAGUUCCCGAGGAGCGCCGCCAACCACGACCUCACAGACACAACUCGGGCCGAUCUGUCCCGGAAUAGGCUGCCUGAGUUGCCAGUGGAGGUGUGCAUGUUUGUGUCCCUGGAGAAUCUGAACCUGUAUCAGAACUGCCUACGCUCUCUGCCUGACAGCCUAGUCAACCUGCAGGCUCUCACCUACCUAAACAUCAGUCGGAACCAGUUGUCCACGUUACCCGCUCCAGUGUGCAGCCUGCCGCUGAAGGUCCUGAUCGCCUGCAACAACAAGCUGGUGUCCCUGCCCGAGGAACUGGGCCAACUCCGACAGCUCACUGAACUGGACGUGAGCUGCAAUGAGAUCCAGACUCUGCCUUCCCAAGUGGGACAGCUGGAGGCUCUGCGGGACCUUAACAUCCGCAGAAACCACCUGGCACGCCUGCCCCCAGAGCUGGCAGAGCUGCCUCUGGUGCGUUUGGAUUUCUCCUGUAACAAGGUGACGUCCAUCCCCGUCUGCUACCGCAACCUCCGACACUUACAGAGCAUCGUGCUAGACAACAACCCCUUACAGAGCCCCCCUGCACAGAUCUGUAUAAAGGGGAAGAUCCACAUAUUUAAAUAUCUGAACAUGGAGGCGUGCAAGACAGCACCUGACCUCCCAGACUACGACAGGAGACCACUAUUCGGGAACUGUGUGGAGGAGCUGUAUCCCGGCCGGCCUUAUGGAGCACUGGACUCUGGCUUCAACAGCGUGGACAGCGGAGACAAGAGAUGGUCAGGCAAUGAGCCGACGGACGAGCUGUCGGACCUGCCUCUGAGAGUGGCGGAGAUCACCAAAGAGCAGAGGCAGCGGAGGGAGCGAGAGAGGGAGCGCGGCGACGAGAGCAAACACAGCUCAGGCGUCGCCAACGGCACAUUGGAGACGGAGAUCGAGCAGAUCGAUUUCAUCGACAGCUGUACAGGUGAGGAGGAGGAGGAGGAGGGCCGCAGCAGCAGGAGCCGGACGUCAGACGCCGUCAGCCUCAGCUCCCAGUUCAUGGCCUACAUAGAGCGGCGGAUCACCAGAGAGGGUUCUCCUGUGAAGUCCGGCUCUUCCAGAGACACAAGGACAGAUGACCCGAGGCGACACGGUUCCCUCCACAACAGAAGUGUUCCAGAUGGAGCAAGUCCCACAUCCUCUACAGCACAGGGCCAGAGGUCAGGGGUCGGUGUGGAACGCGUGCGGCGGGAGGCCCAGCUGGCAGCACUGCGGUACGAAGAGGAGCGGCACAAAACGCGCUCCGUCCAGAGGGACGCCGUCAUGAGCUACGUCAAGCACAAAGCCACCCAGAGCCCCACUAAGCUGAGCCCCACAGACGGCGAGACUGUGUACCCCUCCAGACGCUCUACCCACACGGAUGACUCCGCCCUUUUCAUGUCUCUGCCUGGGAUGUCCAUGGAUGGGUGUGUCUCUCAUGGCUCAGACACCGCCCCCUCCUGUCCACUGCAGCAAGGGGAAGACCGCUCAUCAUUGGCACCCACAGCCCUCCAAUCACCCUCUCACCCCGGCCCCACUGCACCGCCCUCCUGCCGCGGUCCCGCCCCGAGACCCGACAGCUUCCUGUACCGCCUCAGCCAGAGAGAGGAGAAGAAGAGAGGUGACUCAACUGUGCCUCGGUCAGAGCCUGAGGAAGCCACACCCACCCCAACCCAGGUGCUUGUGGGAGAAGAGGCGGAGCUUGUGGAUCAACUGAGAAAGAACAUUGAGUGCCGGCUGAAAGUGUCCUUGCCCAGUGACCUGGGCGCAGCGCUGACGGACGGGGUGGUGCUGUGCCACCUGGCCAACCAUGUGCGGCCCAGAUCCGUGCCCAGCAUCCACGUCCCCUCCCCUGCUGUGCCCAAACUGACGAUGGCCAAGUGUCGGCGGAAUGUGGAGAACUUCCUGGAGGCGUGCCGCAGAAUCGGAGUCCCUCAGGAGAGGCUGUGCUCCGUGGGGGAGGUGCUGCGGGGGGAGGACAGGGGGGUGCUGCGGACGCUGGCGGAGCUGCUCUCUCGGGCGCCCCCACCCCUGGCCUCUCCUCCGGCGCAGCUGGCCGGCUUCGCCCUCUUCUAUCUCUCCAUCAUGUCCUUGCUCUGCGCGCUCUACUGCCACCUGCUGCCCCGCUUAUGAACUGAGACGCCGGUUGUCCAACCGACCUCCCCACCACACAACCCAAAGCCCCCUGAGCAGAACUCUCGGCAGUCCUUCAAACCCGUCUCGUCCAACUGUAUGGCGGCUGCCACCCUCAUCACCACGUAUAAGCUCACACACCAACGCAACACGCGCCGCCACGCCACCCCUCCAGUAAUAGCACUUCUUUGUCUCAGUCCAUCGCGUGUAAAAGAAGAAUACCAUGCCCUUGCCAAUCCCCCACCUUUUUCGCCACCUAUUCCCAUGGCAGCACUCUGAUUGACGGCAAGCUAAACCCGUAAAAAAAAGGGGUAAAAGCACAAGAGUGGGCAGGACUCUCUCAGCCUUAAGAGUGAGGAGCAGGUGUGCCUGUGGAUAUUUCCUGUCCCUCAGACCCAGUCUGCGCAGAGUCGCGUUUGGCCUUGUCUCUCCGUCGUCUCAUUGCUACUCGUCUUAACUUUUUUCCAACAGGAUGGUUUGAAAUGGGACUAAUGAAGCGUUUUGUUUUUUUUUUUUACAUUUGUGUCAAAUCCUUUGCUGAAAUGAUCCCCCCAAAACUUUCCUUGUUGUGCCUUAUCUUACGCGUGUGUGUGUGUGUGUCUGGUUUUUGUUAGCAUGCUUGUCUAAAUGAGGGAAAUAGUGUACCUACAUCCUAUUAGUUUUAAAGAAAAGGAAAAUGUACAUUAUUGCAAUUCAUUAGUUCAUUAUUUCAUUACAUCACACAGUAGCUGUGUUCUAUGUAAGGGAGGCCACAGACCAGGGCUGGUAUGACUGUAGGUUUGUACUCAAGCUGAGCAGACACCACUGUGUCCCUACUCGUGAUCAUGUGACCUCCAUCAAAUGGUGGCUUGUGUCAGAUGUGCUUCUACUCGGCUUGGGUAAAGCCCAAUCUGCUUUCUCAGCCCUCUGUUGAUUUAGACUAGGCAGGCAACCCUCUCCUGCACUGUCAUUUGUGUCUCUCUGCAUGGAGGUUAUUCAGCGUAUUGAAGUGUGUGUUAGCCGGACGAGUGAUGGUUUGCGUAAAAAGCACACGAGCUGCUGCUUUCUGGAAAGCACAUAACGACUUUGCUGCUCGUCUCACCUGAGCGUCCUCGAACUCACGUUACCUGCUGCUGCUCACUGAUGGCCUCGUUUUUACAGACCAAGCCUGUGACGUCGAGAGCGUGUACCAUGAACUGAUGGUUUUUGUAAAUGAUAAUUGUUAAUCAAGGCUCACUUUUUUCCCAACCCCACCCCGCCCCGUCCCCCCACCCCGCCCCAGAGCCUUUGAUGUCCGAUGCACAAUCAAUCACCUGUGCCUAGAGGGCCCUCCUCCCCUUCCCUUCCAGUUGGUGAACGGACUCUUGUCCACGGAGGGGUAAACCAGGUCUCUCUGUCCUGACCAGUGCACUGAAGACCUGUGCGGUGACUGCUAGGCUGUGCGUUUUUUUUUUACCGUGCGUGUUUUGUAGGAAACGAAAAAGAAAAAAUGGGGAAAAAAUACGAAAUUUGGGGGGGGAGUGAAGAGCGUUCAAGAGAAAAACCCUUGUUACCGAUACGAGAGAGUAGGUUAGAAAAUGGUGGCUAGUUGGCUAAACCCACAGUGACUGUUCCUUCCAACCAAUUCGGCCUAGAAAUGUGCACCCGAUACUAGGCAUGGAGCCAUUGAUGAAACGGCUAGGCAGGCGUGUCGGUAAUGCACACCUAUGCCCGUGCUGUCUCUUUGGGUGUACCAUUUCAAGCCAUUACAAAUUCCUGGAGUAAUAUGGUCAGGGUAAAUAGUGGAAGUGAGUGUAUGUCUCAGUUUUCCUUGACUGAUAAGGAAGUGUAGUGUGUUAUUAGCCACUGAGUCAUUUGUGUGUGUGUGUGUGUGUGUAUGUAUGUGUGUGUGUGUGUGUGUGUGUGUGUGUGUGUGUGUGUGUAUGUUGUCUGAAUGCCAUGUGCCUGCUAUUCCUUCUGUUUACCUGACAAUUCCUCCUUGAGCGCUUUCACUAAUAAACUCGACGGAAGGAUCUACUGUGCCGUUUCUCUUUUCUCUCUCUCUCUCUCUUUGUCUCUUCGUCGGCUGCAGUAACACAACACACAAACAUGUGCCCACAGCUUCACACACUCAGUCCACACACUACACAGCAGAACCAGACCUUGCCCUCCAUUAGACAGAGCCUUUGAUAUUGGAUCCCUGUGCCACUGCUGCUUGUAACCUGUAGGCUUAUCACCCUAGUCAUUCAGCUCCGGUGAAUGACUUCCCAUGACGUCGCUCACGCUUGUGUGGUGUGUUGUGUGUGCGUGUGUGUGUGUGAUCUUGGGAAUCGGUAUCCCCCCCAAUCCCAUCUCGGUGUGCGUCACUCCUGCACAAUUCUUUCCUCUCUCGUUCUCCUUAGUUUAUCCCCCCCCCCCCCACCCCCCUGGAUUUUUCCACAAGGUCAUAGCUUUGUUUUUUCUUCCAUUCUUUCUUUCUGUUUAUUCAUUCUUGUAUUGCCUCUUAAGUUAUGCCUGAGUUUAACAUGUUCUCCAUUUGUUUGUUUUGAGUUGAGAUUUCAGCUCCAUGAUUUGACUUUUGAGUUGAUGUGUGUUUUUAUGAUUUAUUUAUCCAUUGACAUACCCUUUUUUUUGCACCCCCCCACCCCCCCACCCCUUUUGUUCUUUGUGUCCAUGUUUUGUCCCGUCUUCCAUCUGUCUGUGUUUGUGUAUGCCUGCUUGUGUGCCACUGAUUGUUUGUAUUUGUGUGGCUAUGCGUAUAUGUGUGUGUGUGCGUGUGUGUGUGUUUUUGUUUGUCUGCUGUGUUGUGUUGUGUUGUUCUGUGUUGU